ACAAUCAUUUAGAUGCCUCAGAGAUGGAGCCUGAAACUGUCUUGGAGGAGGAACCAGAUGUACAUCAGAUGUUUCAGCAAAAUUCAGAGACUUUACCAGAUAAAGUGGAGCCUUUGGUGGUGCAAGAACCAAGAGGGGUGGAUCUAGAGGAAGAAGAAGAACCAGAGAAAAAUCCUCAGACUGAGAGGCGCUUUUGUGCUGGUGUUGUUCUGGACUCCAAAUGUUAUCAGUUUUUCAGAGGACCAGAAAUUUAUAAGGAUGCUGAGUAUUUUUGUCAGGGAAAUUUCCCUGGAGGUCACCUGGCUUCCAUCUCAAGCCCCUCCAUCCACCGUGAGGUGCUGAAGCUGAUCCUGGAUCAAAAUGGAUCGUAUACACGCGUCUGGAUUGGAGGUUACCGAUUGGAUAGGAACCACUUCAUCUGGAUGGAUGAAUCCAGUUGGAGCUACGCUGACUGGCUGUCUGGGGAGCCGAACGACACUUCUGGUGUGGAGGACUGCCUGGAGAUGCUGGGAUCCUUUGGAUCUGGUAAUAGAUUUUUUUUUGUGCAAUCUUUAUGUCCUGUUCUGAAAGGACCAGAUUGUUUUCACAUUUCUUUUUUCUUAACGCACCUUUGAGGAAAAUGCUGCCAAUCCCACAUACUCAAAAACUCACCAAAAUUCAAGAGGAUCUAGUUACAGACAAGAUGGCGGCGGAAAUU